ACGCUUAAAUAUUUAAAGGGACUUUUCGUUGGCUCCACUCCUUCACCUUCGACGGAACGAAGAUGGCCAUGGAGGGAAGCAAGCGUCACCCUUCUUUCUUCAAGAAGCUGCUCGGCGAUUUCACCCACAAGAUCAAAAUCCCUCCUGCAUUUUUGAAGAAUUUCAAGGGAAAUGUACCGAAGACACUUCUCGUAAAAUGUGGCAGUAGGUCAUGGUUCAUUCAGACAGAGGAAAGUGAUGAGGGCUACCACUUUUCGAAAGGUCUUGCAAAGUUUGUGAAGGACCUACACUUGGAAUUAGGGGAGCUGGUAAUUUUCUCACUGGUUGAUCACGAGACAUUUGAAGUGGUCGUAUAUGAUGUGAAUCACUGCGAAAAAGAAACCAUUCCUACUAGGAAUUAUGGAAAACGACCUUGUGCAUUAGCUGAAGGAAGAAGCGGUCGAUCUGAUGAGGUCAAGAAAGAGGAGGAAGAGUCGAUUAUGGGGGUUGAACGUGACAUGCCUGCUAGGCGUCCUCAUUUUGUGCGCUCGAUGAGGAAAUAUGAAAUGCAUAUGCUCAAUCUUCCUGCAGCUUUUACUAGAGAAACGGGGCUAAAAUCAAAGAGAAGCGUGGUCAUAGAAGAUCCACUGGGGAGGAUGUGGCAGCUCCAGUUGCGCCAAUAUGCCAACCACACCAGCAUCCGUGCGUGGUCAAGUGUGGUCAAAGCGAACGGCUUCACAGUCGGCGACACCCUGAAGUUUGAAUACCUUCAAGGCAUCGGCAAUGUCAUAGCGUUGAGGAUAAUGAGCAGAGCAGGAAGGAAUGGAGCUGGACCGUCUUAUGAGAAACGGUCUUAAAAAAGGGAGUUGAUGCUUUUCUCAUGGAAGGGCAGGAACAACUUUUA